GAGAUAGCUGGUCUACAUAACCAACUUGCAGAUGUGCAGGCUGUCUGCUUGGCUGCACAGGAACGAGCCAGUUUAGCCGGAGAAACUCGUGCAGCCAGCGAGGAGACGCGUGAAGCUUCCCAGCUGGCUUGUACACAUUUGCAGGCAACUCUAGAGUCCGUCAACCGAAAGUUGGCUGAGCGCACGCGCCUCAUGCAAUAUCGUGAAGAUCAAUGGCGUCAGGAAAUCGUCGACUAUCAGGUAGACUUAGACUCACCUUGUCCGAAACUCUCUGCUAUACUAGUUAUCAUAUUUCCAACCGUCGGACACUGA